ACUUGGGUGUCACUGGGACAGAACCAGGUCCAGUACUCACUGGGAGCCGGUCAGAUUGUGUCGGCUCCUCUGAGGUUCUGGUUCUGAUCAAACAGUCGUUUGAUACGAGGACGGAAAAACUUUAAAAACGCUCACUUCCUGUCGCCGACCUGCGCCCGCUGCCAGCCGCCUGCAGAGAGACGGCGACACGCUGCAGCACGCACUGCGAGGAAACCUGGAAAACUCCUGAUUUAACCUGGAAAACUCCUGAUUUAACCUGGAAAACUCCUGAUUUAACCUGGAAAACUCCUGAUUUAACCUGGAAACAUCCUGAUUUUUCCUGGAGGAGCCAUCAUCAGACAUGUCUCCUUUCCUGCGGAUCGGCUUCUCCAACUUUGAGAUCGAUCCCAGCUUGGCGUACUAUGAAGAGGUGCUGAACCCGUACUGCGCCGUCUACAUGAAGGAGGCCGUGGACACAGAGAAGGGACAGGUGUACAAGCAGAAGAAACCCACCAUGUACCCGCCGUGGAGCUCCACGUUCGACGCCCACGUCCACCGCGGCCGCAUCAUGCAUGUCAUGGUGAAGGACCGGACGGCCGAGCUGCGGUCCGAGGCCACCGUGGCGCUGGACUCCCUGGCCACGCGCUGCAAGAAGGAGAACGGCAAGCUGGAGAUCUGGCUGGAGAUGAAGCCGCAGGGCCGCCUGCUGAUGGAGGCCCGGUAUUACCUGGAGAAGAGCGACGCUGCGGGUCUGGCCGGCGCCGACCCGGACUCAGAGUGCGGCAGAGACGGCCUGUUCACCCUGCAUCAGCGGCGCGGCGCCAUCAAGCAGGCCAAAAUUCACCUGGUGAAGUGUCACGAGUUCAGCGCCACCUUCUUCCCUCAGCCCACCUUCUGCUCCGUCUGCAAGGAGUUCGUCUGGGGUCUAAACAAGCAGGGCUACCAGUGCAGACAAUGCAACGCUGCCAUCCACAAGAAAUGCAUCGACAAGGUCAUUGCCAAAUGCACCGGGUCGGCGGUGAACAGCAAGGAGACCAUGAUACAUAAGGAGCGCUUCAAGAUCGACAUGCCCCACCGCUUCAAGGUGUACAACUACAAGAGCCCCACCUUCUGCCAGCACUGCGGCACCCUGCUGUGGGGGCUGGCCAAGCAGGGGCUGAAAUGUGAGGAGUGCAGCAUGAACGUUCACCAUAAAUGCCAGAAGAAGGUGGCGAACCUCUGCGGCGUCAACCAGAAGCUGAUGGCUGAAGCUCUGGCCGUCAUCGGGAGCCAGCAGCAGGCGAGAAGUACUAAAGACGGUGACAUCAUGGGUCGAGAAGGUCCGGUGGGCAUUGGCCAGCCGGGCGUAGUGCGGGUGCCGUCCGGGUUGGUACCGGGUCUGCCCGUCACACAGGCACCUGCUAGCAAAGAUCCGAUGGGCGUUUUGUGGGAGGGGCCGACCGACGUGAGCAGGCUGGCCCUGGAGGCGGCCCCAGAGGAGCCGCUGUACGCCGUCCCAAAGAAGGACCAUCAGCCGAAGUUCAACAUCGACGACUUUGUCCUGCACAAGAUGCUGGGCAAAGGAAGCUUCGGAAAGGUGUUUCUGGCCGAGCUGAAGAGGAGCGGGAAGUUUUUUGCUGUGAAGGCUCUGAAGAAGGACGUGGUGCUGAUGGACGACGAUGUGGAGUGUACGCUGGUGGAGAGGAGGGUUCUGUCUCUGGCCUGGGAGAACCCGUUCCUCACACACCUGUACUGCACCUUCCAGACCAAGGAGAACCUCUUCUUUGUGAUGGAGUAUCUGAACGGAGGAGAUCUCAUGUUCCACAUCCAGACCUGCCACAAGUUCGACCUGCACAGAGCCACGUUCUACGCAGCCGAGAUCGUCUGCGGCCUCCAGUUCCUGCACUCCAAAGGAAUCAUCUACAGAGACCUGAAGCUGGACAACGUCCUGCUGGACUCGGACGGACACAUAAAGAUCGCCGACUUCGGGAUGUGUAAGGAGAACAUGCAGGACGACCUGCAGACCUCCACCUUCUGCGGGACGCCGGACUACAUCGCCCCGGAGAUCCUGCUGGGCCAGAAGUACAACAGCUCGGUGGACUGGUGGUCCUUCGGGGUUCUGCUCUACGAGAUGCUGAUCGGUCAGUCGCCGUUCCACGGCCGCGACGAGGAGGAGCUCUUCCAGUCCAUCCGGACCGACUCGCCCGUCUAUCCCAGCUGGCUCACCAAGAUGGCCAAAGACAUUCUGGUCAAGCUGUUUGUCCGGGAGCCAGAGGAACGACUGGGAGUGAAGGGAAGCAUCCGGCAGCACGGCUUCUUCAGCAGCAUGGACUGGAGCGCCCUGGAGCAGCGGCAGGUGGCGCCGCCCUUCAGGCCUACGCUGACGUCACCAAGCGACUGCAGCAACUUUGACAAAGAGUUCAUCAACGAGAAGCCGAAGCUGUCGUGUGCCGACCGGACGCUCAUCAACAGCGUGGACCAGACCAUGUUCAGGAACUUCUCCUUCGUCAACCCAGGGAUGACCCGCAUCGCCGCCCGCUGACCCAAAACACCAAGGGUUGGCCCACAUCGCCGCCCGCUGACCCAAAACACCAACACUUACUGAAACAGAGUCAAACUAAAUCUCCAGACUGUGAAUGGAGAUUUACCCCAGUGGGGUUGAAGAACCAGUCAACCCCACUGGGACUGGACUGUGGAACCAGGCAGGUCCGGUUUGUUCUGAGGUUCCUGCUGACUGCUAACUGUGAUCCUCCUGAGACCCAGAUCCAUUUUCUCCUCAUUAGAACUGUUUAUGGACUUAUAAUGAAUCUCAAUGCAUUUCUUUUCCAGACCGCCUCAGAACCCUGAAGGCUUUAAUUUCUCAUUUAUUCAUGGAUUUCAUGUUUUCCUCGGGGAGAGCGGUCUGUUCAUUUGAACUGAUGUUCCUCCAGCUGCGUCACAUCCUUCUCUGAAUCCAGGUGUGUUGAAGCACAGACACAUCUAAAGUAGCAGGACUGAUUUAGAAAAGGGGUCUACAUCAAUGUUCCAGAUAAUUUACAUGAAAACAAAUUUUUCUAAUUUAACACAAGACGUUCAAAAGUGAGUAAAUUAGUGGGACUUGAAAAACUUUAAUCGAGUUACAGCACAGUUUGUAAUUAAUCACAUUUAAUUACAGAUGUAUCUACCAAAUAUGCAACAUUAUUAUUUCAAAAGCAGUUUUUGCUGCUAAUUUAUUGAAUAAAUGGACAUAUAGCCUCAAUAACACAUACAUAGUUUGUAAUCUCUUAGGUUAUUAAACCAUCAGCUUUCAACUGAUUAAUGGAACUAAUUAAAAAAAUAAUUCUGUAGGAAUGCAGAAGCUGACAUUAUUAGGGACGUCUGAGCUGCUGCUACAUGUUUAGCAUGGAAAAUGCUACUUAAGGCUUAAAAAGCUUCGCCGAUAGGCUAACUCCUUUUAGCACAAUUUAAACACAACAAUAGUCUUUUCCAGCGUCCCAUCAUGUCUGCUUGAAACAGAAAUUAACUGCCAGUGGGCCGAGAGAAGCGGCCUUGUCAUCCAUCGCUGUUAGCGAAUGUCGCUUGUGCGUCAGAUUUACGGACGUACCAGAAACGCGCGGUCGCCGGAACGUUCGUAUGAAAAUCAGAAUGCGGCUAACAUAUUUAACGCGUUAAAAUCCGUCAUUAAUGAUCGACAAUAACGCGUUAAAGUCCCGAGCCUAAAAUGAAAACAAUAAUCGGUCUGAUAUUCAGCUGCUGUUAGCGGCCGCAACUAUAUUUCUAUUUAUUCGGUUAGCAUUAGCUAACAGAGUAACUCUGGAUUAGCAUUAAUCUAGUAACAAGACAAUUCUCCUUCAGCUGGUUUACUGGACCAUAUGGAUCACAUUGGACCGCAGUUACGGGAAAUAAAUACCUCUAAAAGUAAAAUAAGAGCCUGAAUGUGGUGCUGAUGACUGAGGUUAAGACAGUUUAUUCCUCCGUUUGUAUAUGUUCAUGAAAACAUGUCAGACUUUUCUCCUCUGGGUCUCAGGAGGAUUUCUGUUUCCUCAUAAUGUGUAAAUAAAACUUACAUGUGAUGAAUUUGGCUUGAGAUAAACUUGGAUGUAAAUAAGUGAGUUGUACUGUAGUCACGUGGAUGGUUUCACUCCAGAUCCUGUACAUUAAUAUUAAUAAAGUAAGUUUGUUUUUAAA